AUGGAAGCGCACCAGCCCGACAACGUGCCGGCGCAGGCGCCUGUUGCAAAUCAACCGGUCGACCUUAACCGGACACCGAGUCCUAACCCGAUGCUUUCCUUACUAAUGGACCAACUUGAAGAGGCAAACAGGGACCUCGAAAUUUUGGAGAGUAGACCCCCCACCACUCCAGCCGAAGUUCGGGCCAACUUAGAGGAAGUGAGGGUUUUAGGGGAGCGCAUUGACAAAAUUAUUGAGCGAAUCAAUGAAUGCCGGGCCCUGGAUGAGGUUAGACGAGAGGAAGAUGCCCAAGAACGAGCGGAAGUCGAGGCUCGGGCUCAACGGGUCGACCCAACUAUACGGGGCCGCUUCGAGGAGACCCAAGCUCGAAUACAGGCCUUCCGAGAAAGACUUCCCAUUCUCCAACAAGAGAAUUGGGAGCAAUUCAACCGGGAUCGGGGGAGACAUAGGUAA